AGGAAUCACGUGCUUCUAACGAUCGCUCUGCUUCUAUUUCCCGUCGAUGAUCUGAUAGUGUGAAUGUUUCGAUGGGGGAGAAUGAAGACAGAAUGAUGAUGACUGGAUUACAUACCGUAGCUGACAUUUUCUGCGUCGGAUGUGGAUCAAUCGUCGGUUGGAGAUAUGAGAUGGCCCAUGAGAAGAGCCAGAAGUACAAGGAAGGAAAAUCGGUGCUUGAAAGGUCAGUCCUUAGAUUUGAUCGGCAGCAUCUAGUGAUAGAUGUCAUGGAUUUGAUUCAAGAUGGUGAGUUUUGCCUUGUAUUCGCGCAACAAAGUAAAGGGUUAGAUCGGAAAAAGAUGGUUUAUGUUGAAUUUCGAACAGAUUUAAGAUAUCGGGACCCGAUGGAAGCAACUACUGGAUAAGCCAUGGAACUCAUGUAGGUGGAAGUGAUGCUGAUGAUGCUUGACCUUUGCACUUUCUCUCCUGCUUACAUGAUUCAAUGAAAUGUACAUUCUCCAACCUUCUUCCCCUGUUGUAAUAUCAUCAUUCCAAUUGUUAAACUGGCAAAAGCCCUUGUACCAAAAUUAUUCUGUGGAUUUCAAUCUGAAUCUUAAUUCUUACAUUCAAUAAAAGUCCAGUUCUGUUCAA